UCAAACACAUUAUUCGAGUAUACUCGAAAUAGCUCAACAUCUUUUAAUAAAAGGCGAUUAGAUUAGUUUUCCACAUAUUUAAGUUCUUCGUAACGUUAUUAUUUUUGUUCGGAUAGUACGUCAUAGAAAUUUCUCUGUUUUUAUAGGAAAAUUCAAAAACAGUCAAAAUUUCGAGCAUUAAAACUACAUAUAACGUUCGCAUGAAUCGAAUAAUAAACUUAAACAUUCCGCGUAAAUUUGUGUUCGCUGGAGCGUGCUUGUUGCUUAGAAUUUCUAUUGGAUUUUGCAAACGGACGUUUUUUCAGUUAAAAUAACAUUAAAAUUAAUUCUGCGGGCUGAAAUAUUUAAAUUAAUACCCUUCGAAAUUUAAUCUAUAUAUUUUCAGUACCAAUUAUACACUUUCCAAUUUAAUAAUACAUUUUUCAAACCAUUUCAAUUCGUUCUCUUUCUUUCUCAGCCUACGUAGAUUUAUGCAUCGUCACAUAAAAUAUCGAUUUUCAGGACAAUGACCGGAGUUGAUGACAUAUCGUCAAAUGUGCAUAAGCUGGUGGGAGUCACCGCAGGAAUGAAUACUGCAGCGUCCACAGGACCAAUGAAUUUGGUUCUCGAUAAGUGUUCCGUUGUGCUCGAAGAAUUGAGAACAAUUCAAAUUCUAACAGAGACACAUUCAGAAGGACUCAGCGAACAGCUGAAAAUGACAGAAAAGAAUAUCCUCGAAAUGGAAAAUUUGUUCGAUCAAAUUGACCAGCUUUGCUUGUUUGUUCAAAAGGCAAAAUCCGAUCUCGACAAGCUGGAAAAACUUUACAAUGUUGUUGACAGACAAUAAUUAACUCAUCCAAUUCACUGUGCCAUGAUUUUAUUACGGGUUUUCAAUUUCCCAGUCUUACAUGUAUUAUAAUGAACUUAUUUCAAAAAGUUGAGAAUUUAUUUAUCUAUUUGCUGUUUUUAACAGUUUCGAAUAUAUAUAUAUAAUUUUAUUAU